ACUCACAUGUAAUUGAUAUAUAAUAACAUGUAUUGUUAAAAAGAUGGUUAAUCAUAUACUAAGUUUCAAGACAUCAUUUUUGCUUAUGUUUAAAUAAUCAUUGAGGAUACUUGGCAAAGGAAGACAUGGAUUCCUAUGUUUCAUAUAGUUAUUACUAACCAGGAUCUGAAUUAAUACAUCCAAAGUUUAAUAGUUUGUUAUUGAAAUUUAUUUUUCAGAAUUUUAACUGAAAUAUUGUUUUAACCAAAUUUUCUAUUUUAGUUAAUAAAGUAAUAUAUAAAACAGAAUCUGUUAAAUUUAUCAAAAUGACAGAGCAAACAAUAAAUACUCGGUCAAAGAAACCUAAUUUAAGCCAAAAGGAUAUUGCAUUAAAGUACUGUAAAUUAGGUGUUGACCAAAAUGGGUUCAUUAAGAAGUGGAUUCAUAUCAAUAUUGGUUAUGGUGUUUUUACUGAGCGUCCUUUUAAAAAGGGAGAUUUUUUGCUUGAGUAUGCUGGCACUUUUAUGUCAUAUGAAGAUGGUGAAAGGCAGUUUGAGGAAAAGAAAACUGGAGACUCAUUUUUCUACUUCUUCCAAGGAAACGAGAAAAAUGAUUGGCACUGUAUUGAUGGAUCAACUUCUAACCAAAAUGGAAAAUUUGUAAAUGACUCACUACAUGGAAAUUCUGUUAUGAGAAAGAUUAAUUGUAGCAAAAGCGAUAUUAGACUCUGCUUAUUUGCAUCAAAAGAUAUAUUGGAAGGAACGGAAUUAAGGUAUAAUUAUGGAGACGAUGAAGAUAUCUGGUGGAGGAAAGAGGGUUCAUUCAACAAACCACUUAAUAUUCAAGCGAUUGAAAAUAAUUCAUGUGAAAUGGAGUCGAAUGAUGAAUUAGAUGUAUUUCACUGGACUAAAUACAAGGACCUUCAAUCCGUACCAUGUGAAGUAGUAAAAGUUCUGGUUGAAAAGUGUGAAGAAACAUUAAAGGGAAUAUUUACUGGAAAGGAAUGGCGAAAACGAUGUGAUAUUUACAAACAAAGAGGCCGAGCUAGAGAAUCUCUUACAAAUGAUGUUCGUUUUGGUGCAUUUACAAAAGAGCAAAUUGAUGUGAUUGUAAAAACUUUGUUGAAGAUUUUUUGUCCAAAUAACAGUACAAAGAACUUUGAUUUCGUGUUUAAAGUUCUUUUGCCAGAGACCGUGACACUUAUAUACAGUCGUGUAAAUGAGAUAUCAGUGGAAGAGGCUGAAGAACAAGUUAGCAAUGUUGGAAUUUCUGUCUUAAAGGAAGGUAGUGAUUCCGAUGAUGGAUCAAAUAAAAAAAGUAAAGAACAUUCAGGUACACGAAGUCGUUUAUUAUAGAACGAAAAAACGAUGGAAACGUUAAAAUGAAUUUUAAUUUAAUUUAUAUCAAUCUACUUCUUUUGUAGAAAACGAAUUUAGUCAUGAUGUUAACUGUUAUCCUCCAACAGAUGAUGAUGAUGUUUCUCCCAAAGGAAAAAGUAUUCUACAAAAGCGUUUAAAGGCAGAAAUAUUUAUAGCUAAAAAGGAGAGAAAAG